AAUUAAUACAUCCAGUAUAAGCGUAUGACUUACAUGGUCAUAAAUUUUCACGCAAUUAACUCGUAUAACGGGCCUCGCCGAGUCAUAUCCACGCGUCGACGGAAACCAUCGCUGUCGAUUUUCACCCCUCGUCGAUUAAAAAAGAGCGACGAUGUUUCUACCGAGACCCACGACUCUUCGAAACGCUCUGUCGCCGGCGAUAGUUGCUAGUUGGUUUUUAGGAUACGGAAUUUUCGAGUAUCCGUUCGGACAUCCUCACCCCAAGGCAUCCUUGUGUUGGUCAAUUUUGACUGCGGUGUUGUACCUCGUCGUGUCCAUGGUCGCUGACAUUCGACCUAUGGAAAUACUGGGUUUUCCAAAGUCGCAACUGUCGAACAGAGUCUACGAUUUCGGGGUUUAUAUCAACAUCGUACUGGUAUUGGUCACCUCGCUUCGCGGUCGAAUUUGGGAAAAAAAGACGUCGCUUCGUCUAGAAAAAAUUAGCGCGAUCGACGAUACGUUGAAGAUGUUGGGAGUACCCGAGGAUUACUCUUCGAUAUUCAAGACUCAAAUAGUUCAACUAAGUGCAUACUUCUUACUGAUUGCGAUCCCUGGUAUCGUAACUAGCACCCUCUACGCCAACCACUUUGCAUCUAGAUUAUCGUACCUUUGCUGUAUCGCAAGCCUCUGUUAUGGAACAUUGUAUAUUUUCUUGGUCGACACCAGGAUAUGUGAAUUAUUCAGAUACAUCGGGAGGUGUUUCGAGCGUCUGAACGAUUGCCUCGUUCAGACUGCCGUUCUUCGAAGCCACAUCCCCAACGAAUUUCAUCUGAAUCCUGAUCGCGGUUCCGCGAUAUUCCCAAUGAGUCGUGAGAUUCACGGAAAUCGACGCUUGUUUGCGGCAACUGGCUCGAAGUGGAUGAUCCACGUCUUACGGCAAACAAGAAUCAUACACAGUGACCUCUGCGUUCUUGGAAUAGAAAUGAAUAGCACUUUUAGCGUUCACAUUCUCAUAUCGUUGAUUUUGAACGUUUUGAACGUCAUUUCCCUUCUCUUCUUCACCGGGAAUUGGACAAUUUCACGAGGAAAUUUUCAUCCGAAAUAUGAAACUGUGGGCUUAUUAUUAUCCUCAGCCUGGCUGAGUCUGCAGUUGAUCAAACUAUUUCAGUUCGUCUACAUCUGCUCAAAAACUUCUUCACAGUCGCGUCGCACGGGUAAACUGAUCUACGAAUUCUUGAGCUCGACUACCAACGACGACAUCGGGCAAGAGAUUCACUCCUUGUCUCUUCAACUCAUCCAGAAUCCUCUUCUCUUCACGGCAGGAGGGAUGUUCAAGUUAGACUUCGGGUCACUGAUCGAGAUUGGUGGGUUGAUCGUCACGUACGUGGUGAUUAUGAUCCAGAUGAACAUCGCGCACGAAACAUAAGAAAAGGAACGGAGAAUCUACGGAGAAUCGAAUCUUUGAAUUUACCGUUUGUUCCUUCGGUAUCACA